GAAAAUUGCGCUAAGGGAAAAAAAGUCACGAUCAAUGAAUAAGAAAGAUAUAAUAAAUAGAUUUUCGCCAAUUGGUUUUCUGUUAAACAUAUAGUGCUUGUGAAGAGAUGAUCUGUCUCGAAACUCGACAUUUUAGCAUCAACCGAAUUUUAUUACUUAUCGUUGGUUUGUGGCCUUAUCAACGGUCGCCAUUCGUUCAGUUUCACUUAUUUCUAUUUCUUGGUACAUUGACAACUUUUAUCAUAUUUCAAUUUACAACAUUCUUGACGUCAAAAUGUACUCCAGAACUCAUUCUCCAAGUUUUUUCUACUACCUUCUUUUUUAUAUGCUUCGCAAUUAAAUACAAUUCGUUUUGGAUUAACACCGAUAUCAUAAGAAGUUUACUAGAGCAACUUCAAGAUAUGUGCAAUGAACUUAAAGAUGAGAACGAAAUCGCUAUUAUAGAAAAAUAUGGGAACAAGGCAAAAUAUUAUACAACUGCAAUUAUACUGUUUGGUUUCUUCGGUGAAUGUAGUAUAGGUUUUAUACAAAUUUGGCCAUAUAUUAAACACUUUCUUCUACCUAAUAACCAUUCUCGAUUAAAUCCUUCAGCGUAUAUUGUGACGGAAUACUUUAUUGAUCAAGAAAAAUAUUUCUAUUUAAUAACACUACACUCAAUAGCGGCUAAUUUCAUAGGUGGUAUUGCAAUGGUAGCAACAGGAACGAUGCUUAUUGCAUAUCUUCAACAUACCUGUGGAAUGUUUUGUAUUGCCAGUUACCGUAUCGAACAUGCCAUUAAUAUUUUACAAAAGGAUGUUUUAAAGAAUGAGAAUAAGAUUUGUUAUAAGGAGAUAACUUAUGCCGUAGAUAUUCAUCGUAAAGCUAUGGAGUUCACUGACUUCUUAAUAUCAAACUUUGAAGGAUCAUUUUUCUUCUUAAUAGCGAUUGGCGUAACUUGUCUUAGCCUUAAUCUUCUUCGGGCUGCAUCAUACAGCGAUAAUACUGAACAACUUAUUAUACCUCUUUCGAUUAUAAUCAUUCUGUAUGUGUACUUGUUUUUAUCCAAUUAUACUGCACAGGAAAUUACAGAUCACAAUGAAAAUGUGUUUAUGACAGUGUACAACGUUGAGUGGUAUGUGACUCCAAUACAUAUACAAAAAAUGAUGUUGUUUUUGUUACAAAGGGGCACUAAGGCUUUUCAUAUGAUUCUCGGUGGAAUAUUUGUGGCAUCUUUAGAAAGUGCCGCUUCGUUGAUGAGCACUUCAAUAUCCUAUUUCACUGUUCUCUAUUCUACAAGGCAGAAUUAAGAAUAUAAAUUAAUAAUAAUAAAAUAAAUUUAAUAUAGAACGAAAGG